CCUUCUAACGCGCGCACGCACACACACAUACACAAUGGAAAUCCCCGUUGUUCCAUGCUCCGAUGGAUUAACCGACCCGAUGCAGAAAAGACUCGCUUGCUUGAUGCAGCUUUCUUCAUGGACUUGACGUUUUCCCUGAUCCUUCUUUUAUUUCCCUCGUUCCCUUCUCCGUCUAUCUUGCCAUGUUUCUUUCGUUGGGUUUCCUGA